UGAUGAUGUCAACACAGGUUAGAGGUGCAGGCAACAGGUGUGCACAGUUUACACAGAGCAGAGUGCUCUCACUCUAACAGUUGCCAAGAUUCACAGAUUUACAAAGCCUUUCUGCCUUUUGGGAAUUAGCAGCGAAGAAUAAGGCCCGACAAUGGCCAACUUUGGAGGACAUGCCAUUCCUGGCUCUUUUUUCCUGUUCUAUGGCUUUUGGCUAACAGUGAAACACAUUGUCCAACACUACUGGAGGACAAGUCAGUCUAAAGGAAGACGGACUAUGCCGCCUGUCUUUAAAAGGAUGGACUACAUUGAGGGAGGAUUUCAAAUCUUUGCUUCAUUUGUUGGUAUCAUGGUUGAACAGUUUGUGGUGGACGGGCCACAUGCCCACCUCUACAACACAGAGACCAACUCGUGGGUCAAGCUGAUGAACUGGCAGCAUGGCACCAUGUAUCUGUUCUUUGGGCUCUCUGGAAUAGCACUGGUUGCCAAUACUGCGUCCAAACAGGUGCCAGCUGGUGUUGACCGCCUUGCUCUCUCCUUGGCUCUUUUUGUUGAAGGGUUUCUGUUCUACUACCACGUGCACAGUCGUCCCCCGCUGGACGCUCACAUCCACUCCCUGCUGCUCGUGGCUGUUUUCAGCGGGUCGGCCAGCACCAUGUUGGAGGUGUUCAUAAGAGACAACAUUAUUUUGGAGCUGUUCAGAGCGUGUCUGUUCAUCCUGCAGGGCUCGUGGUUCUACCAGAUUGGAUUUGUACUUUACCCAUUAAGCGGACCGGAGUGGGACCUGACACUGCAUGACAACAUCAUGUUCAUCACAAUGUGCUUCUGCUGGCAUUUAGCUGUGGCCCUGUUUUUAGUCGCCUGCAUCGCCUCUGCGGUUUGGUUCACAGUGAAGCGACUCUCAGGACGGGGACGGGAUAUCGAGAUUGGAAUGCGAAAUACAUCCUCCACAUCGAGCUCCCAGAAAGCUUUGCUUGAAGAGUCAGAUGAAGAGUGAAUGCAUGGUUAUGGUUCUUUAAAGUUUUACUUAAAUUGGAUUUAAUUUUCUAUGUUGAUGGUCUGUGAGACCAAGUCUGCUGUUUUGUACAAAGUAAUUUUCUUUUGUAAAACCCCCCCCCCCCAACAAAACAAAAAAUAAAACACAAAUCUGUUUAAAUAUGA